AUGGCACUCCGCGAGAAAGAAGGGCAGCGACUGCAGCACCCAGAAAUUUUGACGGAUUACGAUUUGUCGGCCUAUUAUAAUCAAGCGUUAGCGAGGAAGGAGCAGUUUAGCCCUAUGGACGGAGAUGACAUGCCGACGAAUUCAAUAAUUUUGACCCUACCGAAGGCGUUCGAGCGUGUCUUGGCGGAGGUUGUCUUAGAAAACUCUGUGAAAUUUGUGUCCUAUAAUCACCUGGAUGAUAUGGCUGAUCAGUUGAAUAAAAUACCAAUUAGCGCCGCUAUGCUAUGGGUGUGGCCGGAGAAAAUGCCAAGAUCAGAUCAGAUGAGAAGAAGCAUGCAAGCCGUCGAGCGACAUUUGCAAUGUGGAGGAACGCUAGAUUGUUUUCCGCCACCGUAG